AUGCCAACAAUCAAGAGUAGAGGAUCACCCCCCAAGAAAACAAGACUCAAUAACGUCAAGAUUAUACCAGAUGACCAAAAGAUCUUCAAAGGUCUGAUCUUCUUCUUCUUUCCAAACAACGACAUAUCUCCCUUCAGGCGCCUGCGCAUUCAACGAGCACAGGAAUAUGGUGCCCGGUGGAGCCGAGCUUGGGCGGAUGAUAUCACCCAUGUGAUUCUUGACAAAGACCUGCAAUUCAAGGAUCUUCAAGUCCAUCUCAAAAUUGAAUCUUUGCCGGCGAGCGUCGCUCUUGUCAACGAAUCCUACCCAUCCGAGUGCAUUCAAUUUCGCUCAGUCCUCAAUCACUCACAACUUCGGUUCCGUGUUGAUAGGAGUCCACCAACUGCUCAGAAGGAAACAUCUCCAAUAGAAGCACCGCCACCCGAGUCGCUGACUUUGAAACCCCCACGGCGGGAGCAAAAGAAGUCCCCUGAAACCACGCAGUCUUCUAUUGACAGCAUCAUACCAGAAAGCGGCCUCGAGGGAGUGACAACCGAGCCAUCUAAAGCAACAACGGAAGAAGCAGGCACUGGCAGAGGCAGCUGGAGGCGUGAUGCCCUAGAUGACAUAAUUGAUGAAGCAAAGGCUACAAGUCAUCUGCCACUGGACGAGUUCCCAGAUGACGAGAAUGCUGUUGAUUCCGAUGUCGAAAGCUCCAGCUCAGAGGAGUCGAAUCCUAAAACAAAGAGACCAUCACCAAAAGAAGGGAAAGAGAAAAACGACUGGACGAAAGGCUUCGCCUGCAUGCAAAAGUUCGACCAGGAUGCAACCAUUCCUAACCCGAACAGUGGCACCAUUGACAUCCUCCAACAAAUGCUGGAUCAUUAUACCCGGAAUGCUGACCAGUGGCGAAUACUUGCAUACCGAAGGGCAAUCGCUGCCUUGCGGAAGCAAAAAACGAAGAUCGUAACCCGAGCACAGGCUCGGGCUAUACCCGGUGUGGGGGAACGAUUGGCUGACAAAAUUGAGGAAAUUGUCUUGACCAACCGUCUCCGUCGUCUGGAAAACGCGAAUAACAGCCCCGAGGACUUGUUAGUUCAAGAAUUUCUCGGCGUUUAUGGAGCUGGUCUCCAGCAGGCUUCAAAAUGGGUCGCUCAAGGAUACAGAUCCUUGACCGAUUUGCUAGAAAGGGCUCCUCUCAGCAAACAACAACGAAUCGGCGUGGAACGCUAUGACGAUUUUGCACAGAAAAUUCCCCGCAAGGAGGUUGAAGCCCAUGGUGCGAUUGUACGAAAGGCGGUGCAAAGUGUGGAUAAAGACAUGCAGGUGAUCAUCGGGGGCUCUUACCGCCGCGGGGCAGUCGCCUGCGGUGAUGUUGAUUGCCUCAUAACUAAACCAGGCGCCACGCUUGAACAAAUUCGCACAAUGGUGCUCGCGCUUGUCGUUCCCAAACUCUUCGGCAAUGGAUUUCUAAAAGCUAGUCUUGCUAUCUCGUCUCGUCACGAUGGUUCCAAGUGGCACGGUGCCUCUGCUUUGCCUGGCACUGACCUAUGGCGUCGUAUUGAUUUGUUAUUUGUUCCGGAUACGGAGAUCGGGGCGGCGCUGAUAUACUUCACGGGCAAUGAUAUAUUCAAUCGGAGUAUGAGAUUGCUGGCAAGAAAGAAGGGCCGACUGGUUGAGGGUCGGGAUGAGCGUCGGAUCUUUGCUGUGUUGGGCGUACCUUGGCGGCCUCCCGAGCACCGUAUCUGUUGA